UAGCAAUUCUUAUCCCACAGUGACUCUUACGAACUCACAUUCCAUUUUUCAAGCUAUAAUGUGCCUUGUAUAUUUCUAAAAAUUGGAACACAAUUAUCCCAAUUUUAAAACAACUUUUUGGAAUAGACGGGUGUAUAAAAAUUUUUCGUCUUAUAGAGGUCUCAAAGCAAAAUGUCUCGUAAAAUUUUAAAUUGUUUGCAAAAACUUAUGCGAUCGUUUUCAAAGAAUCACUCAAAUAUUCCAAAGGUUGAAAUUGUGGAAAAACGAAAAAUUGUUGAUAAUGAAGACAUUGUGAAAUCGUACAAUAAACCGGGUGAAGCAGGUAUAUGUAAUUUUAGUACACUUAAUGGUUUUAAGACUUACAACUGGUAUAUCCCAUAUGAGCAUAACACUAGAAUGGAUGAGGAAUACUCAUCAGAAGUGAAUUUGAAAAACAAUUACCUUAGCCCGUAUGCAGUAUAUAAGAAUAAAGUGAAUGAUAAACCCACAAGAAAACAUGAAUUAAAGCAACCCACAUCAAAUAUUGUGAAUAGUUAUUAUGAAAUCAUUCGUCAAAAGAAAAAUGCCUUAAUACCAACUGAUCGCAAAACGAAACAAAAUAAAAACUCAUUAUCGGCAUCAAUUGCUAGUUACUCGGAUAACUAUAAUAAUAAAAUACAGUCUUCCCACCGAAAAAAAGAUACUUACUUUACAAAUACACCGACUUUAAAGUUCACAUCGACACAUGUGAAAAGAAGUUCUGAGGUAUCACGUCUAGAUGACGUACAUAAUGAAAUUCUAAUACCGAAAAAAGAGUAUAUAAAGAGCUUACAUGACGUUGUUGAGGAAAAUGGUCUGAAAUGGGUGGUGAAUAUGGAAAACUCAGACCAAUACUUGAAAUUUAAGUCACCAACGUGUUAUGGAGAAAUCAAAAGUCAAAUAUCUGACUUUGUGAAUUACAAAGAUGUCAGACGUUCCACUACAACUACUGACAUUACAAACGAGAGCUUGCCAACAACGCUUCAAAAGGAAACUAAGAAGGAUGAAACUGUAAAAGGAUAUAAAUCAAAUAUGGAUUAUAAGUCAUCCUCCAACUCUUUUGAAGCUAUCGAGUCAUCAAUACCAGCAAAUAGAAAUACUCAGCAAAAACUUGAUUUUUCGGACAUGACUGACUGGUAUAACUUUACGUGGUCUAUCUAAUCCAAAAUCGAUCGUCUUACAACUUUUUCUUGAGGAAUGAAUGAUUUCUUCGAAUUUAUUUUCAUUAAUGUUGAUGAAUACUUAAAUAGGAAUAAAAAAUGCUAUUAUUAACAAA